CCAGCCCGCGGAGGAGAAGGCACAGCUGCUGCAGAACAGCGAGUACCAGGAGCGCAUGGUGGAGUCCACCUUCCUGUACCUGACCCUGGACCUGCCCACGGCCCCGCUCUACAAGGACGAGAAGGAGCAGCUCAUCAUCCCCCAGGUGCCCCUGUUCAGCAUCCUGGCCAAAUUCAACGGCAGCACCGAGAAGGAGUACAAGACUUACAAGGAGAACUUCCUGAAGCGCUUCCAGCUGACCCGCCUGCCCCCCUACCUCAUCUUCUGCAUCAAGCGCUUCACCAAGAACAACUUCUUCGUGGAGAAGAACCCCACCAUUGUCAACUUCCCCAUCACGAACGUGGACCUGCGGGAGUACCUGUCGGAGGAGGUGCAGGCGGCGCACGCUCACACCACCUACGACCUCAUCGCCAACAUCGUGCACGAUGGGAAGCCCUCAGAGGGCUCCUACCGCAUCCACGUCCUGCACCACGGCACAGGGAAGUGGUACGAGCUGCAGGACCUGCAGGUGACCGACAUCCUGCCACAGAUGAUCACCCUGUCCGAGGCCUACAUCCAGAUCUGGAAACGGCGCGAGGAGGAUGAGACAAACCAACAAGGGGCCUGAGACCCCCUGGGGACACCCAGAGACCCCCUUGGGAUCACUCCCAGUCCCUUGUGGAGAUGCAGAGACGCCUUUGGGGACACCCCAGGCUCCCUUGGGGACAUCCAGAACCCCCCUGGAAGCAACAACAGCCGUCUCUGGGACACCCCAAGAUCCCCUUGGGGACACCCAGAGAGCCCUGGGGACACCCUGAGCCCCUUGGGGACACCCUGAGCCCCUUGGGGACACCUAGGUCUCCUUGGGAUCACCCAUAACCCCUCCGGGGACACCCCCAAGCCCCUUGGUGUGUCUCUCCCCACCCCAAAUAAAUGCCACCCACUUAUUUUUGUAGCUCA